UCCAACUUAUGUUUGCUUCAAACUUGCAACUUCCACAGGUUCUCUAACUCAAACCUUAUAUAAUAAUUUAAUACUACAUCAUCAAUCAUUAACAAUAACAUCAAUCUCUCUCUUCUUCUUCUUCUUCUCCCUCAAACCUUGUUACACAUAAACUAUCUGUUUCCAAUCAUGAAACAAACUCUCAACUGCUUUCUGUUUUCAUAUUCCUUUAGUUAGUUUCUGAAUUCACUUUCCCUUCUCACUUCCACCGACACACCAAUGAUAACCGCCGUUAUCCUCUUCACCGUCGCGAUUCUCUCCGCGGCUGCUGUUUCUUCAUCUCCGGUGAUUCUAUCACUUGAAAGAGCUUUUCCUACGAAUCACGGAGUUGAAUUGAGUUACCUCAGAGAAUUAGAUAGUGUUAGACAUCGAAGGUUUUUGCAGUCUACUAGCUAUGUUGUUAAUUUUCCUGUUAAAGGAUCCUUUGAUACCUCCAAAGCUGGGCUUUACUUUACAAAGGUGAAUUUGGGUACUCCUCCGAGAGAAUUUUAUGUGCAGAUUGACACCGGAAGUGAUGUUCUCUGGGUGACUUGUGCUUCCUGCAUCGGUUGUCCACAAACAAGUGGUCUCCAGAUUCAGCUGAAUUACUUUGACCCUAGAAGUUCUUCAACAUCUACAUUUAUCUCUUGUUCUGACCAAAGGUGUAAGAACGGAGUCCAGUCAUCAGAUAGCAGUUGCUCCAGUCGGAACAAUCAAUGCACUUAUAUAUUCCAGUAUGGAGAUGGUAGUGGGACGUCCGGCUAUUAUGUGUCGGACUUGAUGCAUUUUGCUAGUAUUUCUGAGGAAUCUUUGUUGUCAAAUUCAUCGGCGCCUGUCGUUUUUGGUUGUAGCAACCAGCAGAGUGGGGACUUGACAAAGUCGGAUAGAGCAAUCGACGGUAUAUUUGGAUUUGGGCAACAGGGAAUGUCAGUAAUUUCUCAGCUCUCUUCACAAGGAAUAGCACCAAGAGUGUUCUCACACUGCUUGAAAGGAGAUAGUAACGGUGGCGGCUUAUUGGUUCUUGGUGAGAUUGUGGAGCCAAACAUAAUUUAUAGUCCACUCGUUCCGUCACAGCCUCAUUAUAAUCUAAAUCUGCUGAGCAUCUCUGUCGGUGGCCAAGUUUUGCCGAUUGAUUCUGCUAUUUUUGCUACAUCAAACAAUAGAGGUACCAUUAUUGAUUCUGGAACAACUUUGGCAUACAUUGCGGAAGAGGCUUACAAUCCCUUUAUCAAUGCGAUUACCGCUGCCAUUCCACAAUCUGUGCGCACUGUUCUUUCCAGAGGAAAUCAGUGUUACUUAGUUACCACCAGCCUUGACAUGUUUCCUCAAGUAAGUCUGAACUUUGCUGGUGGCGCGUCUCUCGUUUUAGGACCACAGGACUACCUUAUAAAGCAGAACUAUAUUGGAGAUGGAUCAGUUUGGUGUAUUGGCUUUCAGAAAAUCCCAGGUCAAGAUGUAACAAUUCUAGGAGACCUUGUAUUAAAAGACAAAAUUUUCGUCUACGAUCUUGCUGGUCAACGCAUUGGAUGGGCUAACUAUGACUGUUCCUUGUCGGUUAAUGUUUCGGCAUCAACUGGUAGUGGGAGAAGUGAGUUUGUCAGCGCGGGAGAGAUAAGUGGAAGCACUUCUUUACGCGACGAAUCUCAUGAGUUGAUAAAGAAAAGAUGGGUCUUUGCUCUUUUCAUACACAUAACACUGAUAUGCUGUUUUAUAUUCUUGUAGCAUGUGAGAUUGAAACUAGUUAUAUUCUUUUUUACUUGGAUUAUUGUAUUGUGCCUUUUGUAUGCACAUUAGGUUUGUUUAUUAAUGUAAGUCACUCUUAAUCGAAGAAACAAUGUUUCUUAGUAUUGUAAAUUCAAUGAUCACAUUUAUUGAGUCACAAAUACAAGUUAUACUU